CCACACCCGCAAAGGCUUCAUUUGUUUACAGUCGGCUACUGCUUCGCGUACGCUUCAGAAGCAUUUUGAACUUGAAUUCCGAUAUAAGCUGAGCAUAUCGCCUAUCUUAGGCUUAGUAUAUAGUGAUUAUUGUUAUUGCAGUACAUUAAACAUCGAACGAAAACGGCAUCAAAAGCAGAAUCUAAAAUGUCCAAGGAAGCGGAACCCGCCCGUCCGGACAAGGAACUAGAUCUCUCCAAUGCGGGCCGUGGCGUAUGGCUGGUAAAAGUUCCGAAGUACAUCGCCAACAAGUGGGAGAAAGCUCCAGGAAACAUCGAGGUCGGUAAGCUGAAGAUUUCCAAGCAAGUUGGCCAGAAGGCGCAGGUCUCGCUGACCCUCUCGGAGGCAGUGAUCAACAUCGAUCCCAGCGAGGCCAUUCCGCGGGAACACAAGCUGGACGUGUCGGUAGUGACCAAACAAACGCUGGGGGUGUUUUCGCACAGUGUACCCGCGGCGGUAGCCAAGGAAGAACCCACACCCGAAGGCGAGAAGCUCUUCAUGGAGGGACGCAUCGUGCAGCGGUUGGAGUGCCGUCCUCUGGGAGACAAUGCCUACAUGAAGAUGAAGCUUGAAUCGAUCCGGAAAGCAUCGCAACCCGCCCGGCAGGUCAAAUCGUUGGAGAAGAUCGUGCACAACUUUAAACCGGUGUCGGACCACAAGCACAACAUCGAAGACAAAGAGCGGAAGAAGGCUGAGGGUAAGAAGUCCCGAGACGAUAAGAAUGCCGUGCUGGAUAUGCUGUUUAAUGCGUUCGAAAAGCACCAGUACUAUAAUAUUAAGGACCUGGUCAAGAUCACGAGGCAGCCGAUCAGCUACCUGAAGGAGAUUCUGAAGGAAGUCUGUGACUAUAAUAUGAAGAAUCCUCACAAGAACAUGUGGGAGCUGAAGAAGGAGUAUCGACAUUAUAAGGACGACGACAAAAAGGAGGAGAACAAAGAUAAUUCCGAUAGUGACAGCGACUGACGGUGAAGGGGUAGAACGUGCAGGGACCACGGGAGAGAACUGAUCGUAAUAUACUUUUUGUUGUAUGUAAGAGCUAAACAAUGUUAGAUGCAUUUGGAAUAAAUUUAAUUUUGACGAAAACAAAA